AUGUCUGUUUCAUCACUAAAUAUUGCCAGCUUUGAACAACCCGAGGCCUUGGAAUCUAGAAUUUCCAAUAUACCUAGAACCAGAAAAGAAUCAUUAGGAAGUAUUCAACUUUAUCACCCAGAAACCAAAAAGCGUAUCUUUAUUCCAGAGCCAAGUGUACAUCCAGACGACCCGCUCACCUGGACUCAACUACAUAAAUUUUAUAUUACUUUAUUGGUCUCAUAUGCCAUAAUGCUUUCCAAUUUCCUUGCAGGUGGGCCUUCAAUUGGAAUUGUGCAAAUGGCCAUGGAUUUUGGGGAAAAUGCAGAAGGUCCUGAUUAUGAUUUAACUCAUUGGGUUUCCAAGGUUGCUUAUUGUUUUACAGCUACUGCGCUUCUUCAAGGGACUUCGAAUUUUUUUUGGGUUCCAUUAAUGACAAAGUAUGGAAAACGUCCUGUGUAUUUAGCUACUGCAUUGGGAUAUUUUGUUUUCGCUCUUGCUUGUGGUUUCGCUUCUAAUUGGGAAUCAUAUUUAGCUUUUAGAACUCUUCUUGGUUUUUUUUCGGGAGGCAAUGAAGUUUUGGGACCAUUAACUAUAUCUGAUGUCUUUUAUACACAUCAAAGAGGUACACAAAUGGCAAUUUAUACCUGUGCAUUAUCAUUGGGUAUUGCUUUAGGAAUGAUCGUUUCUGGAUUGAUUCUUAUUAACUACGACUGGAGAUAUAUAUACUAUAUUGGAUCUGCUUUAAUUGGUUCAUGCGCUGUGUUAAUAUUCUUUACAUUGCCAGAGACCUCCUUUGAAAGAGACCCUAAACUUUUAGUUUCUUUUAUCGAGGCUAAAAAGGCGACUGAAAAACACAUAGAUGAAAAGACAUCAGUAGCGAUGGUGGAAGAAAAUUCUAGCUUUGAAUCAAGUAUUGAUCUUGAUGUUCCACAAAAAACUUCAUACUUGUCCUCUCUUAAAAUAUUUAAAAAAAGAACCUACACUGAAGAGUCUUUAUGGCAAAUUUUCAUUCGUCCUAUUGGAUUAAUAAUAUUACCUGGAGUUCUUUGGGCCUCCUUGAUCAUGUCGGCAACGAUUGGUUUCCUUGUAGCGGUCAGUACAAAUGUCGCAAAUGCUUUUCAGCAGACUUAUAAUUUUGAACCUUGGGAAUGUGGAUUAUGUUUUAUUGGUGCAUUUAUUGGGUCUCUUCUUGGUAUAUUUGCUGGCGGAACCAUUGUUGAUUGGUGGGUUGAUUUUAUGGCAAAACGUAAUAAUGGUAUCAAGGAGCCUGAAAUGAGGUUACCUCCAAUUAUUUUGGGUGGAAUCUUGACCCCGGUUGCUUUAGUACUAUAUGGAGUAGGUAUUGAAAAAUCACUUCAUUGGAUAGUCCCUACAUUGGGACUCAGUCUUCUUAAUUUUUCUUUAACCCAAGCAACUAAUAUAUCUUUAGUUUAUACAAUUGAUUGUUACAGACCCAUUGUGGGAGAAAUUACUGUUACGCAAUUGGCAUUCAAGUCUUUAUUUGGUUUUAUGCUCAGCUUCUACACUAAUCCGUGGGUCGAUAAUUUUGGCUAUGCAAAAGCGUACGGUGAGAUGGCAGCGAUUGCUGGUAUAUUAUUUGUGCUAAGCAUCCCUAUAUAUAUAUGGGGUAAAAAGAUGAGAGAGACCACACAUAAUUGGAGAAUCCUUAAAUUUAUUAAGUGGAAAGAUGAUCGUGAAGUUGGAGAAUAA